CAGGCAGCAUCUGAGGACCCCCCCCACCGGUGACAUCGCGAUGGUCCCUUCCCGACGAUACCAUUCACCCCCCUUUGGGGGGGGGACGCACACUCACAUGCUGCUGGUGGCAAUAAAGAUGCUCCAUAGGCUCAUAUCGAUGGUUAUGGGGGGGGAUCGACACCGCGAUGUGGGGCAGGAGGGACGCGGGCCCUGCUCUGCUCUAUGGGGUGAAGAGGGGGGGUCCCCAAUAUCCUUCCAUGUCCAUGUCCCCCCCCAAUCCCUUCUACUUCUCGCCUCCCGCGGAGCCAGGAUCUGCCUGGCACCCGAUGACGUCAUCAGCGAUUCGAGCUCUGAUUGGUGAACGCGGAGCGGCUUCGCCAAUCACAGGCCGCAGCGGGUCCGGUGCAAGGGUCUGGGGUCUCCCUCGUUCUCCACCCACCCCGGACGCCCCCGUCCCCCCCUUCCCCGUGCCCCACUUGGGGGUCCUCGGCCCCACCGCGCCCCCGAUGGCCCCUUCCUGCGCCCCACAGGCCCCGUUUGGGCACUUGCCCUCAACAAACAUGGCGGUUCGGCUUCAUCACCUCAGGGCGGCUCCGGCCCUUGCGCAUGCGCGGCCGGAAGUGAGCCCUUGGAUAAGAGGCCGGGAAACCCCGUGUGCGGCCUUUCCCGUGUAGGCCCGAGCCGCAGCCGGCGCCAUCAUGUCCGACUGGGAAACGGCUCCAGCCGUCACCGAGACCCCGGACAUCAAACUGUUUGGCAAGUGGAGCACGGACGACGUCCAGAUCAAUGAUAUCUCCUUGCAGGAUUACAUUGCUGUCAAGGAGAAAUAUGCCAAGUACCUGCCCCACAGCGCCGGGCGCUACGCGGCCAAACGCUUCCGCAAAGCCCAAUGUCCCAUCGUGGAGAGACUCACCAAUUCCAUGAUGAUGCACGGCCGGAAUAACGGCAAGAAGCUGAUGACCGUGCGCAUCGUCAAGCACGCCUUCGAGAUCAUCCACCUGCUCACCGGCGAGAACCCUCUCCAGGUCCUGGUCAAUGCCAUCAUCAAUUCCGGCCCUCGGGAAGACUCGACCCGGAUCGGGCGGGCGGGCACGGUGCGGCGUCAGGCCGUGGACGUGUCCCCCCUUCGCCGCGUCAACCAGGCCAUUUGGCUCCUGUGCACCGGAGCUCGGGAAGCCGCUUUCCGCAACAUCAAAACCAUCGCCGAGUGUUUGGCCGAUGAACUCAUCAACGCCGCCAAGGGUUCUUCCAACUCUUACGCCAUCAAGAAGAAGGAUGAGCUGGAGCGUGUGGCCAAAUCCAACCGUUAGAAGCCACCGGUGUCACCUCCCGGCUAAUAAAUGGCAUUUCUUGUGGCACCUCC